AUGAUAGGAAUGUGUUUAAAUUUAGAAUGUUAAGAAUAAGAUUGUUACUUUGAUGAAUAAUAAUUAAAAGAUCAUUAAAAAGUUAAUUAAUGCAGAGAUUAUUAAUAUAUGAAUAAUAACAUCUCAAGAUAUUUAAUAUUUAAAGAUUCAAUAUAAUAUUUUAAAUAAAUAAAAGGAUCAUUUAAUAAUAAAGGAGUAGCACUGAAACAAUUGAAAAAAUAUGAAGAAGCAUUCAUUUGUUUUGAGAAAGCGAUUUAAUCUGAUCCUAAUAAUCCAUUUGGUCAUUACAAUAAAGGCUGUUCAUUAAUUAAGACCAAAAACUAUGUAGAUGCUAUUAUUUGCCUAAAUAAUGCACUUAAUCUUAAUCCAACUUGGUCAUCACCAUAAUAUGAAAUAAGUUUUAUCAUUUUAGGAUGA